GGGCGCAUUACUUAGUGCGUCUCAGACCUUCGACGUCGGACGUGUGGCAAAUGGUAUAGGGUGCGUGCUGCUGUUGGCGCCAGCAGGUUUUACUGCCUCGUCAACAACUCGCGAGGAUCCUGUUACGGUCACCCUCCGUUUUCCCCUGUACGAUUGCAGUGUUUGCACUGGCCAACGCAUCUCCACCCACUCAACUGGCCCCGCGUACAUGAUCGUGGAGAUCAUCCUGACCGUUUCUUGCCCGGAUCUUCGUCUCCACCGCGACUGCAGCGGUUUCUUACUUUCGGUGUUGCUGGGGACCCAGACGUGUUAA